GAACCAUUCUCCUUUCAGCCCAAUGUGUCCUAGCAUUUGCUUGCCCUAGGGCUCUCGGCGCGCCGUGGCGCGCACAUGGUGGUUGCCUUUCGCUUGGCCUGGCUUCGCAGGCAGUUUGAGUUGGGUGCGCGUCCUCACAUCUCGGCGGGGGCUGUUGCGGGGCAGGGGCGCGCGAAGUUCAAUAUCCUCGUGGACCCACCCAGCACCCCAACCUCGCCUCUUGAACGAGCGGUGCUUCUGGCGUCGAUGGACUCCCUCGUGUAGCUGAUAAGAGUUCUCCGAGCUGUGGACCGUGGCCACAAACAUUCCAACGGCAUGAGGGAAGUGUGCAUCUGGUUUUCUGAUGGUGCGCCUGAACUUCCUCAUGCCUCCCGCCACUAUCAUGGUGGUGAUGAUUGUCCAGAUGGUCCUGGUGGGUUGCCGCCACGCCGGCCUCGUGACGACCUUGGCCGCCUUCGUGACUCUUGGCAUGGCCCGGACGGCGACUGGUGGUCAUCAGCGUUGCGCUCCUGUUUUGGCCCUCCUCUCAAGGUUCCUCGGUAAUGCCACGAUGGAGGCGCCGUCCUUCCUGCUGAUCUGGCUGCUGGGCGAGCCGUUCGUGAUCUUGGUGGUGGUCUUUGUCCUGGCGAUGUGAUCCUUCCUGCUGCUGGUGCCGUUCGCCAUCAUCACACUUGUGCUCCUGGUGGUGCUCAUUUUCCUGGCGACGUGGUCCGUCCUGCUGCUGGUGCUGGUGCCGUUCGCCAUCAUAAUGUUUGUGCUCCUGGCGGUGCUCUUUGUCCUGACGAUGUGGUCCUUCCUGCUGCUGGUGCUGGUGCCGUUCGCGACCCUAAUGUUCGUGCUCCUGGCGGUGCUCUUUGUCCUGGCGACGUGGUCCUUCCUGCUGCUGGUGCCGUUUGCGAUCCUAGUGUUCGUGAGCUUGGCGGCGCUCAUGGUCCUGGCGAUGUGGUCCUUCCUGCUGCUGCUGGUGCCGUUCGCCGUCAUUACAUUCGUGCUCCUGGUGGUGCUCAUGGUCCUAGCGACGUGGUAUUUCCUGCUGAUGGUGCUGGUGCCGUUCGCCACCAUCACAUUCGUGCUCCUGGCGGCGUUCGUUGUCCUCGCGGUGUGGCUCUCCCUGCUGCUGAAUCGUUUCCGAAGGGGCCGACCUUCCCGGUACUGGACGUGGCCGUUGGAGCGAGGACAGCGUUGCGCGACAUUUCGUGGUGAGCUACAUCGGUGAGCUGGAUGCUCGAGGGGCUUCGACUUCAGAGCGUCGCCACGUGAGGACCGAUGCUUAUCAGCCAUCAGCCGUCUGUUCUGUCAACGCGGAAAUUCGGCUAAAGGAUCGGCUGUUUGGGCAUAUUUCGAUAUUGGCCCAUAGAUUGAUUGGCCUCGAACAUGAGCUUGUUUCUCCAGUCCCACCUCAACAUUCCAAGGAUCGGUGCAAUCUUCGCUGAGUUCUGAACCUCUGUGCCCGUAGUUCCACGCUAGUUGCCGGGCCUCGUCCCUGCCCGCGACGUUCCCUCGUCCUCGGCUCGGUACUUUGGGCCCCCCGCUUGGUUCGCUGUCUCUCCCUCCCCCCUCUGGGGCCCGCUUUCCUUGUGUAUUGCGUUGCUACCGAUAAGUCGUUUCACUGCUGUGGCCGAAGGAA